UUUACCUAGAGGUUCACAAGAAUAUGGUGAAAAAUACCAAAAAUCUAGUUUGUAUUCUGUACGAUAUGGACUUAACAGGCAUCUCUUGCUCAACCAAAAAUGGGGACAUUAUCAAAGACUUUGCAUUUCAAGUGUCUCAGAAACUUUUUAAAGCUGUGGCCAUGGAUUUGAAACGUGAAGGAAAAGGGGCAAUUACACAUUAUCCACCGGUAGAAGAGAGUGUCCUGAAGAAACUUUAUGAAUAUUUUGACACUAAUGACAAUGUUAAACUUCAAAAAGUAUUUGUUGACAUAAUGCUGUAUUUUGGUAGAAGAGGCAGAGAAAAUAUACAUGAACUAACAGUUAGUGACUUUGCAGCCACAACCGAUUCAGAUGGGCGCGUCUUCAUUUAUCUAACAAAAGAUGAGCAGACAAAAAUCACCAGAAUGAUCCAAACAGUGCUGAUGGCAGGAUGUAUGCAAAAAGCGAUGAUCCACUGUGUCCAGUCAAAUCUUUCAUGAAAUACAAAUUACACCUGAACCCGGAAUGUAACAGACUGUUUCAGGGCCAAAUAAAGGAGAAAGCCCUGUAAAUUGGUACAGUAACGCGCCGCUUGGCCACAAUGCCAUUGGUGACAUGAUGCCAACUAUAAGUUCUAAUGCCGGACUUUCGAAACGUUAUACUAAUCAUUCUCUUAGGUCUAGUACUGUUCAUACUCUUGACAGUAAUGAGUUUGCGGGUCGUCACAUUACAAGUGUAACUGGUCAUAAAGCUGAAUCUUCUUUGAAGACAUACACCGGCUACGCUACACCAAACAUCAAAAGGAAAAUGUCAGACACUAUAUCGGAAAGUUUAAGAAACAAGAUAAAAGGGAAAAAAAGGUUGAAACCAGGGAUGAAAACAAAGAAAUUGAAAUCACUCCUUUGAACACUGAACUGGUUCCUCUUUCAGAUUCACAGUUUGAUAACUUAGUAACUGAUCUCAACACUAAUGACACCGAUCUGGAUGAAAUUCUGAAGACCGUGGACACCAAUCUAUGUAGAAAUGUAGACACUACAUACAAUUCUACUCGUCAGCAGUUUCUGUAUUCUGCCGUACCAUGUUUCCAAUGCCUGUAUUCCAUAGUUGUUCAAAUAUUAACAUCAAUUUCAAUGUGAAAAACUAACUCAGAGUACCAAAUUAUAAAAAAAUCUGUUUGAGUAUUAUUUCAAUGACAUAAACUAACUACAUUUAAAAGUCAUUUUAAAAAUGGACUUUUCAUGUGAAAAGGUAACUUUAAAAUAUAUUAAUCUGCUGGGAAAGUGUUGAAAUGGACUUUUCAUGUGAAAAAGUAACUUUAAAAUUUAUAAAUCUGCUGGGAAAGUGUUGUUUUAGUUACAUAUUAUAUCUAUGUACGUGAUCAGAAAAACAUGUUUAUUAAAAUUCAUGUUUAUUUAACUUAUUUAUUUCUAUUCCUUAUUUCUUUAUUAAAGAUACAAUUGUAAUAACAAGACUGGCUAUACAUCUGUUCAGGUAAUAAAACAAUUAUUGACUUUUUCAUAGG